AUGCUAAGUGAGCUUUGGGAAGUCAGCAGUACGCUGAUAUUUACUGGUGAUAAUUCACUAGUUAAAUAUCAGUAUAGAAAUGAUACAGAUGAUUUCAGAAAACCGACCGCUAGAGUUGUCACUACGCAGUUAAUGAUUGCUUCGGCGUUAGGUUUGUUUGCGUUUAUUUCAUUUUCUGUAAUGUUAAGAAAAUUUCCCAGGUUAUACGCUAGUAGGAAAUAUAAAGCGCCGAACCUCCCAAGUUGGAAUGAGAAGUCUUUAUUUGGCUGGCUCCCUGUACUUUACAAUAUUACGGAUGAUCAAGUGCUUGAAUUUGCUGGAUUGGACGCCUUUGUGUUACUAGGUUUUUUCAAGAUGAGCAUUAAGCUACUAAGCAUAUAUUGUUUUAUUUCAAUGACUAUUAUAUCUCCUAUAAGGUAUAAGUUUACUGGAAGAUAUGAUGAUGGGAAUGACGAUGAUAACAAACAAACAUCUAUAUUAAAUCGUGUUUCCGUAACAACCCCAGGGUUUGAUGAUCAUAUUGCUGGUCCGGAGCGAGCGGAAAUAUACUUGUGGAUGUACGUUAUCUUUACGUUCUUCUUCACAUUUAUAGCUUUGCAUAUGCUAUUGAACCAGACAAAGCUUGUGGUUAGUUCCAGACAGAAGUACCUUGGGAGACAAAAUACCGUCACGGACCGGACUAUUAGACUAUCGGGUAUACCAAUGCAGUUUAGAAAUGAGGAAGAAUUAAAGAAAAGAAUUGAGGCUUUAGGAAUUGGUAAAGUAGCCUCGAUCACCAUAUGUCGAGAAUGGGGAUCUUUGAACCGUUUGUUUCAGUAUAGACAGAACGUUUUGAAUGAACUUGAACAUAAAAUAAGUGAGUGUCCGGAAGAAUUAAGGAUUCUUGAAACCAAUAAUAGAGAAGAAUAUUCUUUGAGGGCUAGAGACCAGGCAGGGGUAGCUGCUACGCAUUCUGAAGUUAACGGCCAAGUUGGCUCCGAAGAUGCACAAGUAGAUGAAAAUGCACCCCUUAAUGAAAUUCAACGCUCUAAACGUCCAAGAAUGAGAAUUGGUUUAUUUAACUUGUUUGGAGAAGAAGUUGAUGCUAUAGACUACCUAUAUGGACAAUUGAAGUUCAUAGAUGAACUAAUCGUGCAAGCUCGGAAAAAGCACUACUCGCCGACUCCUACGGCCUUUGUAACAAUGGACUCAGUCGCCAAUGCACAAAUGGCUGCACAAGCUGUGCUAGAUCCAAGAGUGCAUUACUUCAUAGCUAGACUUGCGCCUGCUCCUCAUGACAUAAAGUGGGAAAACGUAUGUUUGUCUAGGAAAGAGAGAUUGAUAAAGAACUAUUCAAUCACGAUUUUUAUUGGAAUUUUUAGCAUAUUCUGGAUUAUCCCAGUAUCUACAUUGGCAACCUUGUUGAAUGUUAAAACUAUUACCAAGUUUUGGAAAGGUUUAGGAGAGUUUCUAAAGGACAAUAAGUGGGCUGAGAAUAUUGUUACCGCAUUAUUGCCAACCUAUAUUUUCACGUUAUUCAAUUUUGGUAUCCCAUAUCUGUAUUCCUCCUUAACAGAACGCCAAGGUUUGGUUUCAUACAGCGAAGAAGAGAUAUCAUUAGUGUCAAAGAACUUCUUCUAUAUCUUUGUUAAUCUAUUCUUAGUCUUCACUUUAGCGGGAACCGCUUCAAAUUAUUGGGGUUAUUUGAGCGAUACUACUAAGAUAGCUUAUCAAUUAGCAACUACUGUUAAAGAAUUCUCUUUAUUCUAUGUGGACUUAAUAAUUUUGCAAGGUAUUGGCAUGUUUCCAUUCAAGUUGUUAUUAGUAGGCUCCCUGAUUGGUUUUCCUUAUGUGAAGAUUUCCAGUAAGACUCCGAGAGAGAGACGGGAGUUGUAUAAUCCACCGAUAUUCAAUUUCGGAUUACAACUUCCUCAAUCCAUCCUUGUGCUACUAAUUACACUUAUUUAUAGUGUCAUGAGCACAAAAAUUCUAGCUUCGGGUUUAGCUUAUUUUAUUAUCGGAUACUAUGUCUACAAGUACCAAUUAAUUUAUGCUACGGACCAUUUGCCGCAUUCUACAGGGAAAGUUUGGCCUUUAGUUUACAGAAGGGUGAUAAUGGGUUUAUUGCUAUUCCAAUUAACAAUGGCUGGUACAUUGGCAGGUUUCGAGGGUGGUUGGGUAUUGUCUUCAUGCUUGGCUCCGCUACCUUUCGUCACCAUAGCAUUCCUGUGGGAUUUUGAGAAAAACUAUAUUCCGCUAUCGCAGUUCAUUGCACUAAGCUCUAUCAGAGAGAAUGAGCGCAUAAACGCUAAUAGCUGCGUAACUGUUGAUUCCUCAGAGAAUUUUGAAUACCCUUACCUUGUAGCCCCAUUAGAGGGUCCUUUGAUGGAGUAA